UUUACAGCGGGAAACGUACCGGUAACGUUGAACGUGCGAGCAAUUAGCGGGUGUUUCUCGUAAUCUGUUUGAAUCUGCGUGAUUUUAGUCGAGUCUCCUCGCAGAAAUUGAGCCAGCAUGUCGAUCGGUGUGCCCAUAAAAGUUCUUCACGAAGCUGAAGGGCACAUCGUCACCUGCGAGACCAACACCGGCGAAGUUUACCGGGGCAAACUGGUGGAGGCCGAGGACAACAUGAAUUGUCAGAUGUGCAACAUCACGGUCACGUACCGCGACGGGCGAGUUGCUCAGCUCGAGAACGUCUACAUCAGGGGCAGCAAGAUACGUUUCAUGAUACUACCGGACAUGCUCAAAAACGCUCCUAUGUUCAAAAAAGCCGGUGCCAAAAGUGCGACGGCGUCCGCCGGCAGGGGCAAGUCGGCGAUUCUACGAGCGCAAGCUGCAAGAGGACGAGGUCGAGCCAGAGCCUUGUUCCAGAGACGAAAAUGAGGCGGCCGACCCACCCCACCCCUGUACUUCAUAUUUUAUGCACAGCACCUCCAUGACAUCACCACAGGAGUCAACAUUUGUCGGGUCUAUACAUGCCAGGCGCAUGGAUCGAUUUUUUGUGUCGUGUGCAGCCACCACAAUCGUUCAUCUUCCUUAG